AUGUUUUGCGGUCAUCUCUGCAAGGGACACUCGGCGAAGUCUACUUCCUCAUUCCGCUGCUUCUUGCUUCUUGUCUGCUUCCAGUCACACACUCACCAGAGCCUAGCUCUAUUCCCUGACUCGCUCAGUCUCUCUCCCAUCGAUCGCCCUACUACGCCCUUCGCCGCCUACCAAACCGUACAACUCCACGCAUUCAUAUUUCUGAGCUUGAGCUGGUGUUGA